AUGUCUUCCUUCCUGACCCUGGGUUACCUCCGGGCUGAUAGUCUUUCAGCCCCUUCUCUGGCUUUUGCCACCACCACAGACUUUUCUUCUGCCUUUAGGAGGAUGACUUUGGGAGACAACUCUAAUUUACCUCUAAAAGCUGUGCUAUCGACCCAGCUUAUGCCAGCAGAGAUCAUUUUGAGUAAACAUACUCAGUGUGGCCGCUGGAUUUCAGGGGAGGUCUCAACGCUGAUGGUGGGGAACACAGCUUCACAAGACAGCUCAAACCCACUGACGGUGAAUGGGGUUCUGGGGGAGUCGGUAACUCUUUCCCUGAAGCUUCCUGUACAUCAGGAUAUUCAGUCCAUCACCUGGCUUCACAAUGGAAAAUCUAUCAACUUCAUAUUGCCAAAAGCUGCUCCAGAUUUGCGGAUCUCGGUGACUGAUCCAAAACGGAAAGAUCGACUGCAACUGAUGGAGAACUACUCCUUACAACUCAGCAACCUGGCAACGGCAGACGCAGGACUUUACUGUGCCCAGAUAACAACACAAACCUCUACAGAGUUUUCCUAUUACACUCUGCAGAUCUUCAGACGACUGAGGAACUUACAAAUUGCCAAUCACACGUGGCUGUCUGAGAUUGGGACCUGUGAGAUCCACCUGACCUGCUCUGUAGAGAAUUCAAAUGACACCUUCUUAAGGUGGCAGGUUGUAGGAAACACGUCUAUAAAUGAAGCAAACCUCACUAUUUCCUGGGACCCCAGGAAUUCCAGUGAACAGAAGUUCACCUGCGUAGCUGAGAAUACUGUCAGCAAUAUAUCCUUCUCUGUCUCCACCCAGAGUCUCUGCGAAGGUGUUUUGAAUAUGAAAAAUCACCCUGAUACCAAAUGGAUUAUAAUUGUGGUUGUGGUUAUUUUGAUAUGUAUAGUCAUCACUGUGGGGUUACUUGUUUGGAGGAAAAAAGAUUGUUUGUGGAGGACAGGCAUCUUUCAUUUCUCUACUCCACAAACCCAGAGUCCUGGUGAGCUUGCAGACUCUUAG